AUGGAGAAAGUCUUACUUAUGGCUUGGGGGUUCUGGUAUAGCCAAAAUCAAAAAGUGUUUAAACAUAAGUAUAUUCAAGUUGCUAUAACAUCUCACAAUGCUCCAUCACUAGGGUCUGACUACAAAGUGAGCAAAUGUGUGGAAAAUAAGCAAAAGGAACUUGAAUUGCCUCCUCCAAUUGGUUCUCUUAAGCUUAAUGUGGAUGAUGCUAUAUUUCAUGAUCAACAAAGAGCGGGAAUUGGUGCCAUACUUAGAGAUGAGAAAGGAGAGGUGCUUUUUGCAACUAGGAAGAAGGAGAAUGAUGUUAGUGACCCUAUUGAAAUAGAAUUGUUAGUCAUCUUACGCGGUGUUCAACUCUGCAUACAUAGGGGUAUAAACAAUCUGGUAAUUGAGAGUGAUUCUUUAAUAAUGAUCCAAACCAUUCAAGAUAGAGGAGUGUCCAUGUCUCUCAUUGGUAACUUGGUGAAAGAUAUUUAG